AUGAACAAGGAGAAACUCCCUGUCCCCAGGCCCGUAGCCCAGCGACCCAAAGCGCCGGUCCAUCCAGACCAUGGCCUAUGGCAAUUCUUCAAUGCAGACAAGAAACUACUCGCAACACCCGAGGAGGACAUGGCAUUCGGCCGGGCGUGGACAGUGCAAGAACUACGGCAGAAGUCGUGGGAAGACCUGCACCGUCUUUGGUGGGUCUGCGUGAAGGAGCGCAACCGUCUCGCGACAGCGGCCUACGAGCGCAAGCGCAUCAAUGCAGGCUACGGCGAGUAUGAGGCAGAGGCGCGAGAUAACGAGGUCAAGCUCACGAUGCGUGCAAUCAAGCACACGCUGGCGGAGCGGUGGUACGCUUGGGAGAAUGCGCGGCAAGAGGCCAUGAACGACGCGGAGAUCGACCUGUCAGGCAAUGGGCCGGCUUACAGUCCUGCUGUUGAGGACGCGUUCCAGAGCGAGAUUGAGGAGAAGGUUGACGAGGAAGCUGUGGCGGAUGCGGCAAAGAACAAAGCGACAAGACAACGACAAGGCGAAGCAGGAUCUGGAGCGCAGACGGAGUAA